GAGGCACAAGAUCUUCUUGCCAAGGAGGAAGCACUGAAGGAGGUUCAGGGGAAUUACAUCUUCCUGGAAAGUGAAAUCAAGUCACCCAGAAAUGUGCCUGGAGGAGGAAACAGUGCUAUUGGAAAUUUGAACAUUGCUGAAGUUGAUCCAGGUGGUCGUUUUGUAAAGAUCCUGAACUGUGCUCCUGGAAAAGAAGAAAGCAUUGGAGAUUAUCUCUUGAAGCAGGACAUCCAAGGUCAAGCAGUGGCUGUAUUUCAGUUCCCCCCUGAGACCAGGCUGGGGCCCAACUCCACUUUGACAGUUUGGACAGCAGAUGCUACGGUGCUUCACAAACCUCCCUCGGAUUUUCUUUGGAAGGACCUGCAGAGAUUUAGGACAAGCCUUGAUUGCGCCACCAUUCUCUGUGAGCCUAGCGGUCAAGCCGUGGCUUGGUACACUCCUCUCUACUGGAACAGAACCCAAGGAAGGGAGGAAAAAAAGAGGAAA